CUCCAUCUGCAAAGGACAGUCACCACACACGUGCGAAAGAUUUCGCUAUUUUCGGUGACUCGCUGACAACUAUAUGUAUGCAGAUGAAUAGACCAUUAUCAACUCUGAGUAGACGAAUUAUGUCAACACUGUCACAAAAGCCAGUUGAGGAAUCAAUAAGCAAGAAACUUGCCAGUAAAUUUCAACCACAGCAUUUAGAGGUUAUAAAUGAAAGUUCAAAACACAAUGUUCCAAAGGGUUCAGAAACUCAUUUCAAAGUGAUUGUUAUAAGUGAUAUGUUUGAAGGUGUACCACUCAUUCAAAGACAUCGCUUAGUAAAUGAAGUUUUGAAGGAAGAGCUGGAAAAUGGUGUGCACGCCUUGUCCAUAAUGGCAAAAACACACGCCCAGUGGGAGGACUCUGGUCAUCACGUGAGCAAAUCUCCACCUUGUAGAGGCGGCACUGGCUUGUGAUUUCAUACAGUAUAAACAGUUACAAAUUCAUCUUAAAUCUCAUCUAAUUUCAGAGAUAAACACAUGUACUUGUAUUCAGUACUCUGGUUAUGAUAUCAGCAAGUCUCUACCUUGUACGGAUGGCCUGGCUUGUGGUUUCUUUCAGACAUAUUCAGUACUGUUGUACAUUGUACUAUCCUACCUACUGAAAACUGUAUUGAAAAUCCAUGUGAUCAGGUUCACUUUAGGAUAUGCAGUGUUUCACUCUCAAAACCCACUUUCAUUUGAAAUUCAUCGUUAUGGAAAAGAAUGCUGUAUGACACUGACAUAGGUACAAUCAAACUGAGCAGAAUUUAGAAUCUCAGCUUCAGGGAUUAAUGCUUAUGUACAUUAGAUUACCGUAUUUUAUAUUUCUGUAACUUUUUUUGUAUACCUGUAUCGUGCUAAGAAAAUAAAUCAUGAAAAGUA